AUGGUGAAAAUUGCACUUCUUGGCGCCGCGGGCCAGAUAGGCACGCCCCUCAGUCUUCUAUGCAAAACAAGUGAUUUAUUUGAUGAGAUUGCCUUGUACGAUAUUGUUCAUGUCCCGGGCAUUGCUACGGACUUGAUGCACAUCGACACCAAAGCCAAGGUUACUGGCUAUCUUCCGGCUGAUGAUGGACUGAAAAAAGCCCUUACUGGCGCUGAUGUCAUCGUUGUCACAGCUGGUAUUGCGCGUAAGCCGGGUAUGACUAGAGAUGGUGAGUGA